GUUAGAAGACCUCCCUCCCUCCUCUUGUGCUACUAAAGCCACUGGCGCGUCUUCGUUUUCCAUCUCAUCUCAGAUGGCGAGGGAGUUGUAGAGGCAGACGACCAUGGGCUAUCAUUUCGUGCUAUAGUGGUUGUUGUGGUUGAUUGUGUUGUGUUGGAGUCUGAUAGGAGCUUAAUAAAGAUUUGGGGAUCUGGUGGUGGCAUUGAGAUGAUAAGUGAGAGACGGGAUUUUUUGAGAUGCUCUGCCAAAGAAAGAGGAACAGAGAGCUUCAAGUAUAAAAAAAGAAGAAGUAAUUUCUCUUUUGAGAAAAGUUCAGUCUAUUUGAACUCUUAUUUUCAAUUCUUGCAUAUUGAUGAUAAAUUUAUGUUCAUUAUUGUAAAUAAUUAAAUUGUGAAUCUGGAGCUUUGGUUAAUUUUACACGAUUUCUGUUAAGUUUUCAACUUAUUGUACAUUUUUUCUUAUCCAGUCUGGUUAUCAUACUGAUUGAAUAUGGUUUUGUUAGAUGGGUACUUGAAAAUCAAGUUCUUGGUCAAUCAACUCUUCAAGUGGCCAGGACUUAGCUUCUGCUUUAACUUGAUGUGACUUUUGUGAUGAGGUGGAGGAAAAUGCUAUUCACCUGUAAACAUUGUCAAGUGGCUUUUAGAAUUUGGGAAGAAUGUUUCAUGGUAGGGGAUUGAGAUUGUCAUUGCAGGAUGCUGUCCUGAUGCAUUUCAUCAACAUGGGCACAUUUUCACUCACUC